UCUGAAGCAAAUAGUUUACUGAAAAAGAUGAAUAAGAAUGAAAAUAUAAUUAUAUCAAAUAAGAAAGAUGAUUAUAUUCUAAAGACUCCCUUUAUUUUUAUUGUUGCAAAAAGAAUUUCUGCUGAGAUUAAUUAUCUUCAAAAAGAAUUUAAAGUUGCAUUGUAUGAUAUAAAAACAGUAGCAAACAUAUUGGGUAGAUCUUAUCCAAAAUUUUACAGAAAUGUAACAGAGAAACUUGCUAAAAAAGUGCUUAUGUUAUCAAAAGAGUCUGAAGUUUUAGAAGAAUGUCGGUGUCUUGCAAUAGCAGUAAAGAUAUAUUUUGAAAAGAAACAAUAUUCUCUUGCUUAUGAUAUUGCCAAAUAUCAAAAUUUAUUGAUGAAUAAAAUAGAAAAAACUUAUGUUGAAUUUAUAGAUUCUCUUAUAUUGUUGCUUAAAGCUCAGUAUUUUAAGAAUUGGAAAGCAGUUGAAAUGCACAUUAAAAUGGCAGAAUCUGCAAUUGAAUAUUGCAAUAAUUAUAUCAAGACAACUUCAAAUAUAUCUCUUGAAGAUAUGAAAUUUACUGGGGAUAUGUUUUACAAUGUUAUGUAUUUAGAAUUAAUAGAUGGAAAUGUAGAUCGAUGCAUUCAUCUAGGACUAGAAGGAAUUAGAUUAUUUUCAAAUACUCUAAACAUAAAAGUACUUCUUGUGAUUAUGCCAAUUUUUAUUCAAGCUCUCUUUUAUGCUAGACUCUAUUCGAAAUGUGUAGUGAUGCUUAAUAUGUAUUAUGGUUAUAUUUUUUCUACGGAUUUAAGCUCUGCAAUUGCUCUCUAUUAUGGAAAUACUUUACAACUACUUAAUCAUAAUGUUAUAACAGCUACAAGUGAACAAUUAAAAAUGUUACAAGAAUUAUCAGAGGCACCUUAUAAUUUAAGACCACAAAGUCCUGAUGAUAUUGAAUUUUAUCUCUCAGCCAAUAUGACAUUAUGGUGCAUUAAGAAUUAUUUUAGUGAAGAAACAGAGAAAUGGUUAAGCAUAACUAUGGCUUUUAAAGAGAAAAAGUUAACUAGUUAUUGGGCAUCUUUAGCAGAGAGCUGCAUAAUAAAUAUAAACAUUGAUAAAUUUUUUACUGAAAAUAUAAUAAAACCAAAUGAAUUAAAGAAGAAAAAGAGAAAAAUAUAUAAAGAAAUAAUCAUCUUAGGAAAAAAGGUAUCCAAAUCUUACAUAGUGCUUCUGAAUGAAAUGAAUUAUCUUAAAAAUUAUUUAGAUUACACUUGGGAGCAUAAAAUGAUAUCUAUUUGAAGAUGUUGCAAUAAAAGUUUUUAAAUA